CUCACAGCUACCAGCCCGCCUGCCAGAGCCCCAGCUCGCCCUCUUCAACUCCCACCAGGUCCUCCUAUCGCGCUUAUGCGUGCUGUUCAGACCCUCUUCACUUCCCAGGACUACAUCUCAGACCAUCUGUGGAAGGCUUCCGCGAAUUGAAACCCUUUACGCCAAACCCGGAAUACCAAUCUCUGUAACAAUCUCCACUCAACAUGUUCGCCCACGUCUUCAAGCCUUCUCCAUUGCGGUCUGCCAGUGUCCUGGGACGAGCGAUCCAAACCCGCACGCAAUCCCGAUUCCUAGCCACGGUCGAGAAGAACACUCCCCGUCAAGCACUAGAACCACUCAGGAGGGCGCGAGCGACGCCUGCUGCCCCUCUUGAGCGGGCUACAUUCACAAUCAAGAAUGGACCGAUCUUUAGCGGCAAGUCCUUUGGCGCCAAAUCGAACAUCUCUGGCGAAGCCGUAUUCACCACCUCGCUUGUUGGCUAUCCCGAAUCCAUGACCGACCCUUCCUAUCGCGGACAAAUUCUCGUCUUCACCCAGCCUCUCAUUGGCAACUACGGAGUCCCCUCCUCGGCCCGGGACCAGCAUGGCUUGCUCAGGUACUUCGAGUCCCCACACAUCCAGGCUGCGGGUAUCGUUGUCCAGGACUAUGCUGUCGAACACAGUCACUGGACAGCUGUCCAGAGUCUGGCUGAGUGGUGUGCCAGCGAGGGCGUUCCCGCAAUCUCAGGGGUAGACACCCGUGCUAUCGUGACUUACCUCCGAGAGCAGGGCUCUUCUUUGGCCCGUAUUACCAUUGGAGAGGAGUACGAUGCCGACGAAGACGAGGCCUUCAUCGAUCCUGAAGCCAUUAAUUUGGUUCGCCGAGUCAGCACCAAGGCCCCCUUUCACGUUCACUCCGCCCUUGGAGAUAUGCACGUGGCUUUGAUUGACUGCGGCGUCAAAGAGAACAUCCUCCGCAGCCUCGUUGCCCGUGGAGCUAGCGUCACCUGCUUCCCAUACGACUACCCGAUCCACAAGGUCGCUCAUCACUUUGAUGGUGUCUUCAUCUCCAAUGGGCCAGGUGACCCAACCCAUUGCCAAGCCACCGUCUACAACCUCCGCAAAUUGAUGGAGACGUCUCAAGUACCCAUCAUGGGCAUAUGUAUGGGCCACCAGCUACUUGCCCUCGCCUCUGGUGCCCGCACCAUCAAGCUCAAGUAUGGCAAUCGUGCUCAUAACAUCCCCGCCCUCGAUUUGACUACUGGCCAAUGCCACAUCACUUCCCAGAACCACGGCUACGCCGUUGACCCAACUACCCUGGGCGAGGAGUGGCGCGAAUACUUCACCAACCUCAAUGACCAGUCCAACGAGGGCAUGAUCCACAACUCGCGCCCCAUUUUCAGCGCGCAGUUCCAUCCGGAGGCUAAGGGCGGCCCAAUGGACUCGGCAUACCUCUUCGACCGCUACAUUGAAAGCGUGGAGAAGUAUAAGAAGCACCAGGCUAUGUUCUCAGACAAGGACAACAAGCCCUCCCCGCUCUUGGUUGAUCUGCUCGCCAAGGAGCGUGUGGGUGUCCACCCCAGAGAGAUUGAAUUUGAGGGGUAUGCGGCUGGCAAGGUCGAAUCGGCUCCGGAGCCGAUUGUGCCCUCCAUCCCGAUAGCGACCCCGAUCGCUGCGGCAGCUUAGAUAAUAGUAAAAUGGAGGAUGUAGGUAAAUGGAGCCAAAGGGGCUCAAAUUACAGAUGAACGCGUUGCGACGGAUGGGAUUGGGAAAAGUGGAGAUUUUCAUUCUUUAACUUGAGGCGAUUUCGGCGUUUGGCACACUUGCUUUGGU